AUGCCUUGUGACAAAGACAAAGCAAAAUCAAAGGCUUUAACCAAGGAGAAGGAGGAGGAAGGGUAUGGUUAUGUUAUAGUGGGCUUUUGUUACCUAAAAGAUAGUGUUUCGUACUGUAAUUUAGCUUUCGUACUGUAACUUAGCUUUGGUACUGUAAAUUAGAUUUUCAUACUGUAAUUUAGUUUUGGUACUGUAAUUUAGCGUUCAAUUAUUGUUUAGCUUGCAUACUGUACUUCACCUGUCAUACUGUAACAAGAGUUUUGACAAAGAUAUUGUUUUAGAUAUGAUGAACGAUUAGUGACUGGAGUUCAAUUCCAAGCUCAUUUCGAUCCGCCUGAAGCGAAAGGACGGUAGGUACUUUAUGGCACAAUGAGUAUUGUAGGUACUGUUAUAGCACGACAUGUGUAGUUUUGUAGGUACUAUAUAGAACGAUGAGUGAUGUAGGUACUGCAUAGCACGAUGAUGAGUAAUGUAGGUACUAUAUAGCACAGUGAGUACUGUAGUCACUAUAUAUCACUAUGAUUGCUGCCUGUAAUAAAAUAAGUACUGUAGCUACUAUAUAAAAUGAUGAAUAUUGUAGGUACUAUAUAGCACAGUGAGUACUGUAGUCACUAUAUAUCACUAUGAUUGCUGCCUGUAAUAAAAUAAGUACUGUAGCUACUAUAUAAAAUGAUGAAUAUUGUAGGUAAUAUAUAGCACGAUGAGUACUGUAGGUACUAUGUAGGAUUUGUAUGGAUUUUUUUAGGUUUGUAGCCUUGUUGUAGGCUAAAAGCGUAAUUUUUGUUUUUAGGCUUAAACUUAGUUUUAGUCAUGUUUUAGGUUUCAUUAUGUUUAUUAGGCUUAACUUUUUAAAUUUAAAAUUUUUUUUGAAAUUUUUAUAUUGGUAUCAUUUUAGUCAAAAAUUUGGUCUGAAAGUAGUGACAGCGUCGAAGGAACCUCAAAAACGUUGCAAAUGUCAUCGGAAAGCGAAGCGUAACAAGACUAAAUCGGACAGUAAAGCUGAUAGUCCACCUCGUUCAUGUUCAGUCAGGACGGCCAAAGCCAAAAACGACAGUAGUCCGGCUUCAGGUAAGGGUUGUGAAGCUUGAUGUUGUUGUAGGGGAGAGUAGGGUAAAUGUUGGGGUAGGGUAGGUAUGGUUAGGGUUGAUAGGGCAGAAUAGAGUAGGGUUGAUAGGGCAGGAUUACGGUAGGUUGGGGUUAUUGUAGCUGUAGGGUAAGAUACGGUAGGGUCAAAAAAGGCAUGGGUAGGGUAGGGUUGGGUAAAUCAAGGGCAUGGGCAAGACGGCGUAAGGCACAACAGGGGCAUGAGUAGGUACGGUAGAGUAAAAAAGGCAUUAGUAGGGUAGGUUUGGGUAGAGCAAGGGCAUGGGAAAGUCGGGGUAGGGCAUGGGCAAGAGGUGGUAGGACACAACAAGGGCAAGGGUAGGGUUCGGUAAAGCUAGGGCAUGGGCAAGCCGGGGUGGGCACAAAAAGGGCAUGGGUAAGGUAAAACAAGGUCAUGGGUACGGUAGGGUAAAGCCAAGACAUGGGUAGGGCGGGGUAACUAAUUUUUUUCAAUUUUUAAAAAUUUUCGUUUUAGCCCACCGUGCCAUAGCCCUGGGACGACGAGUGCCGACCCAAGCCUCAUCUGUAAAGACUGCUCGAGACAUGGACGACUUGUCUGAUGUUGUGAUACAUCCGAAGGUCUCCAAGAAGAAAAAGAAGAGUAAAGCCAAGAGUAAAGAGAAGAAAGAAAAGGAGAAAAAGAAGCGAAGAAGGGUCAGAAGACGGGGCAUUUCACCUGAAUCUGUGAGUUUUUUUUGUGGUACUGGUACCAUUUUUUUGUAGUGUUAUUUCUGGGACUAUAGUACUAUUUUUGGUUUUGUUGUGCUAUUUUUAGCCUUUUUGUACUAUGCUUGACUAAGUAGUACUGUUUUUCAGUUUUAAUACUAUUUUUGGGUCUAUGGUACUGUUUUUGAAAUAUUAGUACUAUUUUUGACAUAAAAGUACUAUUUUUGGUUCAAUCGUACUAUUUUUCAUUUUCUAGUACUAUUGUUGAAUUAGUAGUACUAUUUUUUAUUUUUAGUACUAUUUUUGGUUCUAUUGUACUGUUUUUAACCUUUUAGUACUAUUUUUAUCUCACUGGUACUAUUUUUCAAGUAUUAGUACUGUUUCUACUUAAAAGCAGCAUUUUGUACCUAAUAGGACCGUUUUUGACUCAACAGUACUAUUUGUGGCUUAGUUGUACCAUUUUUAAAUUAUUAGCACGAAUUUUAGCUUAAAAUACUAUUUGUGUUCUAUAAUAAGAUUUUUGAUUCAAAAGUAUCAUUUUUGACUUAAUAGUACUAUUUUUGAUUUUUAGCACGGUUUUUAACUUAAAUGUACCAUUUUGUACUUAAUAGUACCAUUUUUAAUUUUAUAGUACGUUUUCGACUCUGACUUAUUUUUAGUACUAUUUUUUAAUUUUUAGUACUACUUUUGGCUCACUGGUACUAUUUCAAUGCGCGAAUACUAUUUUUAACCCAGGUGUACCAUUUUUUCUUUCAAUAGUACCAUUUACAGAUCCCACCAUCCGAAAAGACCGCGGAACCGGACUACAUUCAAUUGGCCACUACGUCAAUGAAACCGACCAAAACCAAUUUUAAUUACACCAAAAACCUAGUCAGACUAUUAUCGGAGCGGUCAACCGGUACCGCCCAGUCACCCGGUACCACCACGGAAGAGUUGACUCGAGACAAGCUGAGGCGAAAAGACGAAACCCAAUUUCCGACCGUCGAUAAGAGAAAGGACUACGGCACAUUCACGACUAGUCCAGUCCAGGUGGAGAAUGAAGACAAUGCGGUUACUGCGGUAAGUUGUUUUAGACUAAAAAGUGUGAUUUCAGGUCUAUUUUACGCAGUUGUAGGCCUAGAAAUGAUUUUUGUUAUAUUUCUUUAUGCUUAAGGCUAAUUAUUUUGUAGUUUUAGGCUUAAAAAUGGUUGUUUUUUAUAUAAUUUUUGACUAACAAGGGGGGUUUUAGGCUUAUUUUAUUGAGUUUAGGCUUAUUAUAAGCUUUUUUAGGCUUGUGUUUGGACAAAACAUUACAAUAAGCCUAAAAUAACGUUGAAAAGGAUUUUUUUCAGGCUUGAGAAAGAAUUUUUUUUAUAUUAUUUUAGGUUAAAAAUUGCUGUUUUAGGCUUAGUUUGUUAAGUUUCAGGCUUGUUUUUAAACGAAACAUUACUUUUUUAGCCUAGGAUAACGUAAAAAAAGUCAUUUGUAGGUCUAAAAACGAUUUUUAAACAUUUUUUAGGUUAAAGUUUGAUGUUUUAGGCUUAAUUAAUUUUGUUUAUAUUUUUUUAGGCUUAAAAAUUAGUUUUUUAAACACUUUAGGCUUAAUUAUGAUUUUAUAGGCUUAAAAUGUAAUAAUUUAGGCUUAAACCUUAAGUUUCAGGCUAAAACUAAUUAAAUAUUUUUUUUUAUUUUCAGCGUGAAACCUACAAUUUGCCAUCACAACAUGGUAGCUCCUUCCGCGAGAAAGAGGUAAUGCAACUGCCAUCACCAGCGAACGACCAGAUCCCGAAAGAACUCGGUCCAACUGAUAAACGAUUGUUGGAUGAGAAUACGUGAGUUGCAGUAGUAUUUUACUACAAACUGGUAUUGGGGUAGAAGGUAAGGCAUGGUAGGGUAGGGCAUGGUAAGGUAGAUUAGGGUAGGGCAUGGUAGGGUAGGGCAGGGUACGGUAGAGUAGGGAAAGGUAGUUUAGGGUGGGGUAGUUUAGGGUGGGGUACGGUAGAGUAGGGUACGGUAGUUUAGGGUACGGUAGAGUAGGGUACGGUAGAGUAGAGUACGGUAGAGUAGGGUAGUUUAAAGUAGGCCAUGGUAGGCUAUAGUAGGAUAGGAAAUUUUAAGAGUACGGUACGGUUACUGUACAACUAUGCUUAUAAUAAUGAGGUAUAUCAAUAGCUUGUACUAACCAAGCACGUUCCAGAGUAUGUGUGAACGUUCUGAUCAUUAAGAAAGGGUAUCCCAACAACGCAAAGAAGCCAGCUUACUUUUACAUUCGCAAUCGAUUUGUACCUCAUGACCGAUCACUCUUUAGAUGUAUCAAUGACGCUGUCAAAUGUGCUGGAUUCAGGUAGGGUUUAGCGUACUGUAAACUAUAGUACUGUACUUUUUGAGCACUGUACUUAAAAAUUUUAAUUCUUAGUUUGGGAGGGGAGGGAGGGUUCCUUAGUGUAAUUUUGAGUAUUGUCCUCCAAUUUUAGUACAGUAUCUUAUAGUACUGUACUGAAAUUGAGCACGGUAUUUCAUAGUAUCGUACGGGAAUUAAGUACUGUAUUUAUGGUACUGUACUCAAAAAUUUUGAACUUUGAUAUUUCUUUUGCUUUUUUACACUGUAGCCAGUCGUACUGUACUUUUUUUAAUCUUUGUACUUUAGUACGUCCUACUGUAAUUUUUUCAACUUUCAUUCUGUAGAGAUUCUGUACUUUUUUACAUUUUUAUACUGUAACUUGUCAUACUGUCUCUUUUUACUUUUAUACUGUUGCACUUUCUACUGUAAUUUUUCCAACUUUCAUACCUUAUCAGCCACAGUACAACUCUAUAACCACUUCGUUUCAGUGUCAAAGAAAACGAGCUGGUCUGGCGAACGGAUAAUGCCAAGAAGCCACUAGAAUCCUAUCAACGCCUUCGCCUCAGCCGAAAUCAGAAUCCGCUGUGGGGCUACGCGAUCGACAACGAGAACAAGGUCGACAUCAUCUGCGACUUUAUUCACAUGGACAAGAUUCAGGACGUGCCCUACAGCAACCUCUUUGACUACCAAAACGCACUCAUCCUCUGGAUGCACGUCGGCAAGUAG